AUGUCGCUCCCCAAGGGAAUCUCCUCUGUGCUCAAGAAGGCGCCUUCCGACGUCGUCAUCCUGUCGUCGCUGCGAACCCCCGUCUGCCGCUCGUACAAGGGACAGCUGAAGGACGCAUACCCCGAAGAGCUGCUUUCCACCGUCCUCAAGGCCACUCUCGAGGCCAACCCGAACCUCGACCCCGCCAAGAUUGAAGAUGUCGCCGUUGGCGUCGUGCUCUCGGAGCUCGGUGGCUCCAAGGCCGCCCGCAUGGCCAUGAACCACGUCGGUUACCCCAACACGACCUCCCUCUACACCGUCAACCGCGCCUGCUCCUCGUCAUUGCAGUCAAUCGCACUUGUCGCAUCGCAGAUCCGAACCGAGACGAUAUCCGUGGGAAUUGGCGCUGGUAUGGAGAGCAUGACCCGCAACUACGGCAGCCGUGCGAUUCCCGUCGACGUGUGGCCGGAACUGAAGGAUUCUCCGGUCAAGGAUGCUAGAGACUGCAUCAUGGCCAUGGGCACUACUUCGGAGAACGUCGCUGAGCGUUAUGGUGUUUCCCGCGCGGACCAAGAUGAGUUCGCCCUUCGCAGCCACCAGAACGCGUCGCGCGCAGCAAGUGAUGGUUCCUUCGCCAAGGAGAUCGUCCCAGUGAAGACGAGGUUCCAAGAGAAGGAUAAGCAGGGAAACAAUGUCGGAGAGGAAAAGAUUAUUACCGCCACUCAGGACGAUGGUAUCCGCGCGAACAUCAGCAUCGAGGCUUUGGCCAAACUGAAGCCGGCUUUCAAGGCGGACGGUGCUAGCACGGCUGGCAACUCAUCGCAAGUUUCCGACGGUGCCGCCGCGACUCUGUUGAUGCGCCGAAGCACCGCAACUGAGUUGGGCCUUACUGAUAGUAUUAUCGGCAAGUUCGUUUCGGCUACCACUGUCGGUUGCAAGCCCGACGAGAUGGGCAUUGGUCCAGCUAUUGCUAUCCCCAAGCUGUUGAACCAGCUCGGACUGGAGAACAAGGAUGUCAGCCGCUGGGAGAUCAACGAGGCUUUCGCCAGUCAGGCCAUCUACUGCCUGAGAGCCUUGGGCUUGGAGCAGGCUUAUGAGGACGGCAAGGUGAACCCCGACGGUGGAGCUAUCGCUCUUGGUCACCCUCUGGGUGCCACGGGAGCCCGCAUGACCAGCACCCUGUUGCACGGUCUGGGCCGAUCUGGUGGCGAGGUCGGUGUUGUCAGCAUGUGUGUCGGUACCGGCAUGGGAAUGGCUGGCUUGUUCGUGAGGGAGUAA